UCUCUGGCGCAACUAUCCCUCUGUCUGCCUGUCUGUUUGUGUUUGUGUGUCUGUGAGCUGAAGGCAUAAUUUUGCUUCCGUAACCUAUCACCCAGAUCUGUCGUUGUACAGUGCAGAGUGCAGACGGAGUUGUAGCGCUGUUGCCAGCUGUCGCGCUCGGCAUUGCUCCACGACACGCACACACGUAGCCACAUCCGUACGGCGUGUAUCCAACCAUCCAUUCAAUAUCCAACUCCCCUUUUCACUGGCAGACAGCAAGACCCGGUGGAGACGUCUACUCUCCUAACGGGACACAACAGACUCCAUCGCUCUAACGGGAGUUACAGACCUCCUGUAUGUUCAGGACUGUACAGUGUAGACCACCGGCACUACCAGCAGCAGCACCAUGGCAACCAAGAGACCAGGGGAGAAGAGCUCUUUGGCAGCAGGACCCACAGACACAUGGCAGUCUGGGGCAGAGGUACAGGAGACACUGGUGUACAUGCUGUGCUGCGGGCAGGAAGCCCCUAACAUGACAGAGAGCAACGGCCAUAGGAACAUUAUGAAUAGGAACCAUCAGGUCCCGGUCUUCGUGCCCCGGGGGAGAACUGAGGGGGGCUGGACUCACCCCUCGGCUCCCCAGCAGACUACAACUCCCACAGUGGCCUCCUGCCCUGUGUCUGCCCCUUACAGUUCCCGGAGCCCAGGGUCGGUAGAGAUGGAUGAGAUCAUGGCAGCCAUGGUUCUGACCAGUAUGUCAUGCAGCCCUGUGGUCCAGAGCUCUCCUCAGAGUCUGAAUGACCCUGUACCAGGUCCAUCAUCAGGGGGCGGAGACAUGGAGUGUGGGGGCGGAGACAUGGAGUGUGGGGGCGGGGAGCUGUCUGACAGCGGCAGCAGUGGCUACUGGAGCUGGGACCACGACAACGUUAGUCCCGUUCUGUCCCUGUCCGUCAUCGAGAUGGACAGCAGCCCCGACGACGGACUGCACACGGAGCUGGAGCAGGGUGUGGAGCUAAAUGUAGCCAAGAGGUCAAAGAGUUCUUUCAGAGGAGCGUACAGGUGUCUGUGGCCCAGUUGUGGCAAGGUGCUCACAUCUUCAGUUAGGAUGAAGAGACAUGUCCGUGUGCUGCACCUGGGCAGUGGAUCGGAGCAGUCCCACAGAGAGGAGGAUUUCUACUACACUAAGUUCUCCUGCAAAGCUCCACCAGCCCUGGUCCCGGCCUUGUCCUCUCACGUCCCAUGGGCGUCCUGCGGCUCCCCUCCAGGCCCUGGUCCAGGUUCCUGUCUCCAGAUCCCCUCCUCUACCUCGUCCUCACCCUCAGGGUCAGGCAGCUCCAGGCCCAGCUCAGGCCCAGGGUCAACCCCAGGGUCAGGCAGCUCCAGGCCCAGCUCCAGGCCCAGCUCAGGCCCAGUGUCAACCCCAGGGUCAGGCAGCUCCAGGCCCAGCUCCAGGCCCAGCUCAGGCCCAGGGUCAGCUCCAGACCAGCCCAGCCCUCUCAGCCAGUCUGCCCCCAGUUCCUUUUCACAGAUACAGACAGACCACCUGUAUCAGGCCUGCACUCCCCUCCAGGUGACGAUGUCCUGUCACAACCCCGCCCCCUGUUGUUGGACCCCUCCCCCUCUCACCGUCUCUAACCAGCACAGUCACCACAACUCCCAGGUGGUGAGGGGUCGCUGCAGGUCUGUGAGUAUAGGAGAACAGUGGCUACAACAGAACAGCGCCACCAACAGGCUAACCACCACGAGAGCAGCCUCCCCGUCACGCUCUCACUGCUCCUUCAGGAAGGGACGAGGGGAGGCCAAGAAGUGUCGUAAGGUGUACGGAGUGGAGCGUAAGGAGCAGUGGUGCACGGCCUGCCGCUGGAAGAAAGCGUGCCAGCGCUUCCCUGACUAAACAAGUUCGUGAACAACAGAUGAUGGGAAAAAAAAGAGAGAUUUGGAAAAAAAAGAGAGAGGACACGAUCACAACCAGGGCCUGUUAGCCAUCAAGAACAACAAAUUCCUUUUUUUCUACCUUGUCCCCCCCCCCCACAAGGAAUAAAGUGAUUUGUGUAUUUUUUGUUGUAAACGUUGACCUGAGCAGUGAGUCAGUGCGUGAUGUUAGUAGCUAGUAGUUGAGACUGUGUUAUGACGUGGUAGACCUACAAUGUUCAUCCUUCCUAGCCUGGUCCCAGACCUGUUUGGUGCUGUGUAGCAUGACAACGACCAUAGGAAUUAGCUAUACACAGGGACUGAACUUUUCGGGGGUACUGGCUUGUAACCCUGGGUAACAAUCGGCUCAAAAGUCUGUGCCGUGCGAUAUUUCUAAGGACAAACUUUAGACCGUCCUGGCGGGCUAGUGUGGCACAUUUUCUACUAGCCCAAUCUGAAAAGUACUAGCCUGAGCUGGCGGGCUGGUUUAGAUUCCAUCCCUGGUUGAACAAGGCACUUCAUCCUUAACUGUUCUCCCAACUACUUCUUCUUCUAUACAGCACAAACAGACCUGGCCCCAGGAUACUUCUACCUCCCACUGAGAACGUCUCUCCUCUCCUCCCACUGAGAACGUCUCUCCUCACCUCCCACUGAGAACAUGUCUCUCCUCACCUCCCACUGAGAACAUGUCUCUCCUCACCUCCCACUGAGAACAUGUCUCUCCUCACCUCCAACUGAGACCAUGUC